UUUUGCAUGACUUUAUAGGGGGGUGUUAAGAAUUAUUCUGGACAUUAAAAAUUUUCACCUGCCUCCCCCUUUGCCAUACAUUAUGAAUGCAGCCUAAACAAUCAUAAACAAUAAGAUCUGACUAGCAGGGGCGACUUUUUUAUAAAUUGCUCUGGGGACGUGACUCAACUACUCUUUUGCUCUCAUAUUUAAUUACUAAUUGAUAUACUUUUGUAAUCGCCCACAUUAUUAUAUUCAUAAAUUAUUAAUAUAUUAUAGGAGGAUUUGCAGAUGAAAAGUGUUGAUGGAGUAUGGAAGCUAGUUGGCUUAGUAGAACUUGGGGAUGAGUACAACAACAUAUAUUAUAUAAUUAUAUAAACCAUAGACAUUAAAUUAAUUUAGAAUUAAUAAUAGGAAAACAAUAAAGAAUUUGACAAAUAAUGGUCAUGCAUGACCUGACCUCUAAUAAAUUUGACUCCCCCUCACAUACACCGAUAUACUGCACACUCAUUAUAUAUUACACAGCAAUUUGGUGUUAUGAUAAAUUUUGAUACACCUGGUGAUUGAUGUACUAAGUUCAAAACAUCUUUUUUUAAAUUUCUCCCUUUCUUUACAAUUAAUAUAGUGAGUGCCAGGGUGGCCCUCAUCUUAUAUGUAGUAACAUCUCUUUCUAUAAAAACAUGCAUGUCAUUUGCAAUAAUUGCAGUCAUUACAUUUUAAUGAAUUUAUUUUAAAUUUUCUUCAUUUAUAGAAGAUGAUAUAGCAGAGGUUGCAACUCAUGUUAUGCAGUUUGUAUUUCUGGGAAAUACAGGAUUUCGCUUUCCUUUUGCACAUUUUCCAACUAGAGAGGCUGACCCAGCAUCAAUAUAUGUUAAUUUUUGGAAAGCAGUUGGUUGGUUGGAUCUGUAUGGAUUUAAUGCUACAUUCUGUUGCUGUGAUGGUGGACAAGCCAACAGGUCAUUCAUUCAAAUGCACUUUAAAGGAAAAGAUGCUAUUGAAGAUAAUUUUACAACAGUCAAUCCUUACACCAGAAAGCCUAUGGUAUUCAUACUUGAUCCAUCUUAUAACUUUAAAAAGAUAAGGAACAAUUUGGAAAAGAGUCGCAUUGGAGGAGUGAGACUGCUGACUGUAGGGUGUGACCACAUUGAGUGGGCACACUUGUAUCAAGCUUAUAGAUGGGAUCAAAACAGUAAUUCUCUCAAGAUUCAUGAAGAACUGACUGAAGAUCACUUUAAUUUAGGAUAUGCAACAAGGAUGCGUAAUCAUCUUGCUGAGCAAGUGCUUUCAAAAAAGAUGCUCUAUCUUUUACAGUCAUACAGAAAGCACGUGUGAGAAAAUGGGAAGACCGGCUACUUUUCUGGACAAGACUAUAGAAUUUAUUUCUUUAACAAGCAAAUUAAUAGAGACAUUUUCAGAUAGGUGACCCAUUACGUCCAUGAAUGAUCACAGAAUAGCUUUAAACCAAGAAUCAUAUACAUGGCUAAG